UUGAUAAUAUUGAUGACAUGGAUGUUGAUGAUUCUUAUUUGUUGAAGUCUAUUCGGUGUUUGUGCAUUCUUUUGAUACAUUCCAAGUCUAAAUCUACUGAUGGCAACAUACCUUACAUUUUGCGUAGUGUGCCAGUUGGUACAGAUCCGUCAGCAGCACCAGAUAAAUCUAACAAUUGUCCACAUAUUGUAAUUUUUGAAGGAGAUGAGUUAGACCAGUACUUUAUUGCUAUUGAGCAGUGCCUAAUCUUAGAGUGUAAAGAUAUCCCAACAGCGCUCUUUCUAUUAAUAGCAAGUCACUAUGUAUUCAACAUCAGUUAUCAACCAAAAGCUCAGGAUUUUUUCGCUUUCAUUGAAUCUAAAUUGUUGAAUAUCUCAUCCAGUACAUAUAAAAGCAAAUCUCCUGUGGCACUUUCUCACAUUAAUGGCAUCACCAGGGAACAUGAAGUACUUAAUGGAUAAUUGUUUUUGUUUUUUUUUGCAUCAAGGAAAAGUUGUAUUUAAUCAUUAUAAUCAUUUGGACAUUGUUUUGUAAAUAAUACAAAUCAAAUUUGUCAUUUAAAAAGAAAUUUUGUUAAAUUAGCAAAAGAGUA